AUGAAUCACACAGAAUUUCUAAAGGAUACUCUGGAAGAGGGAAAAAUGACUCUCAGAAUUCACAAUAUUAGUAGUACCGAUGAUGGACAGUACCACUGCUUCUUAAAAGAUGCUAACACCUAUGAAGAAGCCGUCAUGGAUCUGAAGGUGGCAGGUCUGGGCUUGGAGAUACAGAUUUUUGUUGAGUUGCAUGAACCAGAAGGAAUAGUGGUGGAGUGUAAUUCAGGAGGGUGGUUUCCACAACCCCAAAUGGAGUGGAAAGGCAACAAAGGGCAUGUCAUUCCACACUCAACAAAAUUCUACACACAGGAUAGAGAUGGACUAUUUCACAUUAAGAUAACUCUUCUUCUCAAAAAUACCACUCAGAACCACAUCACUUGCUGCAUUUAUAACCCAGUGACUGAUCAAGAGAAAAAGGCAAAUAUUUUCCUAUCAGAUGAUGAGACUGUGGCCCUCAAGGUUGAUUGCACUGUGAUGAAACACAUCUACUACAUCAUUGAUAAAAACCAAACACCAGGUCACAAACUCCAGAGCACCACUGGAAGCAUGGGCUGGAGAUGUCAUCAAACCUGUGAAGUUCAUCAAAUGAUGUAA